GGCACUUUUCUCCUGUUUGUUGAACCUCUUCGCGUUUUCUUUGGCGUUGUAGUUCGUUAAAGGGAACUGAAGAGUGAAUUCGCGGUAGUGUCGGCUCGUUUUCAGCCUGUCGGAACCGCUGAAGGACAGAAAGUGCAGUUCUGAGGCGGUGGUCGGAGUGAUUGUGGCGGAUCGGUGAGGCGAAUCUUCGACUUUACAGGCGAUAUUUGCAGUAUCUGUGACUUGUUUCGGCGAAACAAAGCAGAACAUGGCUCGCAUGUUAAGCAGGGAUCUGCCGGACAUCGAGAAUAUCCUGGCCCUGAACCCCCGGGUGAAGAGUCACGCUGCGCUCUACUCCACCGCAGCCAAGAAAGCCGAGAAGAAGCACUGGAAGCGAAACCCUGAUCGAGGCUGCGAGAGCUGCGUGAAGCUGGAGAACAAUUUUGAUGACAUCAAACACACGACUCUGAGCGAGCGCGGAGCACUUCGGGAAGCCGUGAGGUGUCUGAAGUGUGUGGACGCACCGUGUCAGAAGAGCUGCCCCACCAACCUCGAUAUAAAAUCCUUCAUCACCAGCAUCGCUAACAAGAACUAUUACGGCGCGGCCAGAGCGAUCCUAUCAGACAACCCCCUAGGCCUGACGUGUGGGAUGGUGUGUCCCACCUCGGACCUGUGCGUGGGCGGCUGUAACCUCUACGCCUCUGAGGAAGGACCCAUCAACAUCGGAGGGCUGCAGCAGUUCGCCACGGAGGUGUUUAGUAGGAUGGGUAUCCCUCAGGUGAGAAACCCAGAUCUUCCUCCUUCUGAUCAGAUGCCCGAGAGCUACCAUUCCAAAAUAGCUCUGAUUGGCUGCGGCCCUGCCAGCAUCAGCUGCGCUUCCUUCCUGGCUCGUCUCGGCUACGACGAUGUGACAGUUUUCGAGAAGGAGAAGUACGUCGGCGGACUGAGUUCUUCAGAGAUCCCUCAGUUCCGGCUUCCGUACGAGGUGGUGCAGUUCGAGCUGGACCUGAUGAAAGACCUGGGAGUGAAGGUCGUCUGCGAACAAGGACUCGGCCGGGAUGGAAUUACUCUACAGACGCUGAAAGAGGAGGGAUAUAAAGCUGUUUUCAUUGGAAUCGGUCUCCCUCAAGCUAACAGGCACAAAAUCUUUGAAGGCCUCACUGUGGAACAGGGAUUUUAUACCUCUAAGGAUUUUCUGCCAUUAGUUGCCAAGGCCAGUAAAUCAGGGAUGUGCGCCUGCCGCCCGGCGCUGCCUCGGCUCCACGGCUGCGUGAUUGUCCUGGGCGCUGGAGACACCGCCUUUGACUGCGCCACCUCUGCCUUGCGCUGCGGUGCCCGCCGAGUCUACGUGGUGUUCAGACGAGGCUUCACCAACAUCCGUGCUGUUCCAGAAGAGAUGGAGCUGGCUAAGGAAGAAAAGUGUGAGUUCUUGCCCUUCCUGUCACCCAAAGAGGUCUUGCUGAAGAACGGUACCGUGCACGGUUUGGAGUUCUGCCGGACCGAACAGAUGGACUCGGGCGAGUGGAUUGAGGAUCAGGAGCAGAUCAUACGCCUCAAGGCCGACUUCAUCAUCAGUGCCUUCGGCUCAGGGCUGAACGAUCCAAAAGUAAAGGAGGCCAUGGCGCCCAUCAGGUUAAACAGAUGGGGGCUUCCCGAGCUCAACCUGGAGAGCAUGCAGUGCAGCGAGCCGUGGGUGUUCGCCGGCGGAGACGUGGCCGGCCUCGCCAACACCACGGUGGAGUCGGUCAACGACGGCAAGCAGGCCUCCUGGCACAUUCACAAAUAUUUACAGGCCGCUCACGGGCAGACGGUUAGCGCCGAGCCACAGAUGCCUUUGUUCUACUCGCCCGUCGAUGCCGUGGACAUCAGCGUGGAGAUGUGUGGGAUCAAAUUCCCGAAUCCGUUCGGCCUGGCCAGCGCUCCACCCACCACCAGCGCCGCCAUGAUACGCAGGGCCUUCGAGCAGGGCUGGGGUUUCGCCCUGACCAAGACCUUCUCCCUCGACAAGGACCUGGUAACCAACGUUUCUCCACGAAUUGUCCGCGGCACCACAUCAGGGCCGGUGUUUGGCCCGGGCCAGGGCUCGUUCCUCAACAUCGAGCUCAUUAGUGAGAAAACUGCUGCUUACUGGUGUGAGAGCGUGUCCGAACUGAAAGCAGACUUCCCUCUCAAUAUUAUCAUUUCCAGCGUAAUGUGCAGCUACAACAAAGCCGAUUGGACCGAGCUUGCCAAAAUGGCAGAGGCGUCUGGAGCCGAUGCCUUGGAGCUGAACCUAUCCUGCCCUCACGGAAUGGGAGAAAGGGGUAUGGGACUCGCCUGCGGUCAGGAUCCAGAGCUGGUGCGAAACAUCUGCCGCUGGGUUCGACAAGCUGUCAAGAUCCCGUUCUUCGCCAAGCUGACCCCUAAUGUCACCAACAUUGUGGAUAUUGCCAAGGCUGCACACGAAGGUGGUGCAGAUGGCGUCACCGCUACCAACACGGUCUCGGGCCUGAUGGGACUGAAGGCAGACGGCUCUCCCUGGCCUGGCAUCGGUAGAAACAAGCGCACCACAUAUGGCGGCGUGUCUGGCAAUGCUAUUCGUCCCAUUGCUCUGCGUGCAGUAUCAGCAAUAGCAAGAGCUUUGCCUGGAUUUCCCAUCUUAGCCACCGGGGGCAUCGACUCCGCCGAGUCUGGCUUGCAAUUCCUCCACGCUGGAGCGUCAGUACUGCAGGUUUGCAGUGCGGUGCAGAAUCAAGACUUCACAGUAAUUGAGGAUUACUGUGUAGGGCUGAAAACUCUGCUGUACCUGAAGAGCAUCGAAGAGCUUCGGGACUGGGACGGCCAGUCGCCCCCCACCGAGCGCCAUCAGAAAGGCAAGCCUGUGCCCACUCUACAGGAGCUUCUGGGGAAGAAACUGCCGAGUUUUGGUCCAUAUCUUCAGGAGAAGAAGCAGGCCAUAUCAAACUACAAACAGAAGCUCUCUGACGUCAGUGAUCCCAGUCUGGUUCCCUCCAGCGGCUCGAGAAUCCACACCCCUAAUAAACCAGUACCAGCGGUUAAAGAUGUGAUAGCCCGAGCUCUGAAGCAUAUCGGAGCGUACCAGGAGCUGAACAACCAGGAGCAAGUGCAGGCUCUCAUUGAUGAAGAGAUGUGCAUCAACUGUGGAAAGUGUUACAUGACCUGCAAUGACUCCGGAUACCAGGCCAUUACGUUUGACCCUGAGACCCAUUUGCCGGUGGUUCAGGACAGCUGCACCGGCUGCACUCUCUGCCUCAGCGUCUGUCCCAUCAUCGACUGCAUCCGGAUGGUUGCCAGGACGACGCCCUACGUGCCGAAGAGAGGCGUCCCUCAAGGCGUCACGCCCGUAUGCUAAACGAAAGAGGAGAAUGAGGAGAGAGCGAGAGAGAGGAUAAAAAAAAACGUCGACAUCAGAGCAUUGAUUUGGGUGCAUAAUUGCCCGGUGAAAAAUGACCUUUGUUGUGAACGGGGGGUGCAAAUAAUUAGUUUGGAGAAAUAAUUGCCUUAUAUUCUGAAGCCAAUUAUCCAGAAAUAAUCGCACAGACAAAAAUACUGGCGUUAUUUCAUUACAAUAGCGGGCCAACGUGUUGCCGUGGAGUCGGUCCGCUCCUCACCGUCAGGGCUGCGCUAAUGAGAAUGAAGAGGGACGAGGCGAAUAAUGGAUUUUUUUGUGAUGAUGCGGGGAGCCCGUGCCUCGGCUGCGUGCUGGGUCUCCCGGCAGAACGCCGUGACGGUACCUCCUGCUAUGCUCACUGCUCAAAUGAGACGUUAGUUGGACAGAAAAUAAUCAGACGUACAAGAGGUGGUAAUGAAGAUAAAUGAACGGUGAAUAAUGGGGUGUGUGACCAAACGUGUGCUGUAAUCUGAAGAGGCGUAAGAACAAAGUGUACCUUCACUUAUGUGAUAAUGCAUUCAGUUUAAAUAUUAAUAAUAAUAAAAAAUAACACUAGACUAUUAA